AAAUAUAAAAAAACACUUCACAGCAAAAAAAGAAAAAUGAGUUCGACAAUUAUUAUCUCAAGCACCAAUCCAACGGUCUGCAUUCACUCAAAACCCAAGCACUCUCCCAAAAUACAUUUCCCCCAACAGAUCUCCUUCAGUUCGGAGCGAAACCGAAUCGGGGCGCCGAGGCCCUGCUCCACGGCCCAAAUAUCUGCCGCCAAAACCAAGGAAACACUGUACGAACUGCUGGGAAUUGCAGAGAACGUGAACAAGUUUUCCGACAUUAAAAAAGCUUACAAACGGAUGGCAAGAAUGUACCAUCCCGACGUUUCCCCUCCGGACAGAGUGGACGAGUACACCAGGAGAUUUAUUAAGGUACAUGAGGCCUACGAAACGCUGUCUAAUCCGCAAACUAGGGCUCGUUACGACAGAGAAUUAGCCUUCGGCGGUGGUUUUUCUUCUCCUCCAAGGAAACAUCAGGAAAAGGAGUGGAGAAGUGGAUGGCGGUCACAAUUGGACGAAUUGCAGCGACGUGACUGUAGGGAGAGGUCGACGUGGGGUUCUCGAAUGCGAAAAUGCUAGUACUAAUUUCUCAAAGAGAUACGCGCGUAUUGUAAAAUAUAGACGUUAGAAUAGAUUUUCAAUUUUUUGAGUUAGAUGUUAAAAUUCUAAUAUCUUGUCCCACAUCGGCUUGGUGGUGAUCAUAUCUCUUCUAUAUAAGUGUGGAUAACACUCCCCCUUAUGAGGCAUUUUAAAGGGUGAGUGACUCAUUUCAAAUAUGGUAUCAGAGCGGGCCCAAGUCGAUGAUGGAGUUUAUUUUCUUUAUCUCUUCUC